AUGGCACCAAAGAAGAAAGAUGACAAGAAGAAGAGGAAGAAGGGUGAACGAGGGAAGCCUGACCGUCAGCAACCACCUCCAACGAUUAGCAGCUCUGCUGGAGCGCCACCACAGAAUACCGACACACCGGCCUCACCUCUCACCUUUCCCACUCUGAUUUUACGAACAUCAAUCUCCAUAUUGUACGACAACAUGAAGCACCAGUUCCUCCACCUAGACGUUUCUCGUAACGACCAUGCCACACGCUACAAGUCGAACGAUAUCGUUGGGUUCAUCCGUGAUAAGCCAAAUCUGGCUCAGUUCCGUCUCUGGAACCGCGAAAACGAGGACACUCUCAUUAACAAUGACGUUAACGGCAACAUUCCCUACGGGCUGCACCAAGUUACAAUGCCUUACUACGAGAUCCCUAUCAAUAAAUCCGACGGAGAGAGUAAAACCUGUACCUCGGAAUUGAAAUCAUCUGCCACCGGUUCCAUAUGGUUCGAUGGCCCUACUGGUCCAGUAUUCCUACCAACCGGUGUUCGACCUAGUGACUCUUACCUCGGAGCGGCCUUUGUUGACCUUGAUCAACCUGACCUGGCUGCGUGGUUCUCCGCAGACAUCAAUCCUGACGACGGUCACCCGUACUCUGACCGGGUACCAUACGGUGUUCCCUUCCGACCAAGAUUGGCUUCAGUUGAUUACCCGCAGAACGGGGUCUGGGUACCAGAUAGGAGAAUUGGCUACUCUGUCUGUCCAAACAAAGACAUCAUUAUUUACGGCGGCAGCACUCUCACCCAAGCGGAUAUUACACAUGAAAUGUGGAUGAAUUUCCACCAUUAUUUCGUGUUGAUCCCUAGCAUCGGUUGUCGCAGAACAGCCUUGUUACCAGUGCUGCAGGAACCGCAAGAAGUCAGACGCCAACAACGGCUUGCGGCACGCGACCCACUAAAGCACCAACACAAAGACAAAGAGGUACCAUUUGUAGGCCAACUCCAGCCGUUCCAGCCGCCAGGUGUACAGAACACGUUCAAUCAGGCUGCUUUAGCUCUCGAAGAUAUCAUGGAUCGGAAGGAGAACGAAGGUUUUGUAGUUUCUCUUGGUUCCACGCGCGAUCGGAUUAUGAGCCAAGUGCCUGCGAGAGGUUAUGAUUCAACAAAGCCUAGUUGGGAAAUUUUCCCACAGGCAAUGACGUCUGCAUCGAUGUUCCACGGCGCAUAUGUAUCUAUGGUAUCCGACGCCGAACGGAAUCAUGCAGUGUUAACGGACGUCCUAAAGGGAUUUGAUACAGCAUUGAAUGCUAUAGCAACCAACCAGAGCGACGGCUUCUCCACUAAAAUCUUCGACAUUAGAGACCAGCUCAACGAAACACUUUCAGUCAGCCGAGCAGUCACAGCGGAAUGCACACGUUCCCUUGAAGGGGUUACUAACCCAGUCACUAUAUUGGAUUCCCUACCAGACACAAUUAUCAAUGCUACUCACCGAUCUGUCAUCUCACUCGUAAGCGACGUUAUGUGUACUAUUGGACCCGAGACUGUCGGAACAGUACCACCGGCGGUUCCAUCUCGUCGCGCACUGACACCAGAGCUCGAUAUCUCCGCGCAAGACUAUAACGUUCCAGUACCACAAAAGGACCCAUAUCCGGCUCCUUAUAGCGCUUCGGAUCUCACUAUCCCAACCUCUGCUGUUUUGUUCAACACGUUAUCCUCCCCGCCGGUCCUCCAACAAGCUGUUCCUUCCCGAUUACCAGCUGAGAACGAGAACUUCGACGAGGAAACAACAUCAUGGUUCCACGGCCGUCUCUCCCAGCGCGGACCAAUUUUUCAGAGUGACUUGAAGAAAGACGGUAACGCUUCUCAGACGCUACUUUCCCAGGUUCCCGUCUAUACACCUGGUUCAGCCCUAUCGCCUCCAGAUUUACAGACCAAGGCAACACACACACAGGUUAUACCCUCGUCCUCAGCUUCCACAAUUACUCCGCAAGGAAAGAGAUAUACAAAGCGGAGUCGUGACAAAACUCCGGACGCACCAGCAACGGACACUACUAGUCCUGGAGCACUAUCAGCGAACACCACGGCACCUAAGAGACCACGUUAUACUAACUUCGUGUUUAAUCCGGUACAAGCCUUGCGAGCACAGAACAGGGCACCGAACCAUAAUUGGCGCGUCACCGACCUAGUCGAUAACAGAACACCAUUUCUACGGGAUUUGUGUAAAGUUUUUGGGGUAAAGCGAGCGGGAACCAUCGCACAGAUGACAUACGCAAUCGAGGAUAAGGUCAAUCAGGAAGGUUGGGGAAACACGCUGAAUGGACGAUUAUUUGGAACAAUGGUUCCUUCAUCGGACCCCUGUCAGUACCCUCGGGCAAAACCAAUGGUACCACACAGCCAGCAACAGGUCAACCCUCCUCCUCCGGGCUUUAUCCCUAACACAGUACCACCAGCUGCGCUUCUACCACCGACUCCAGUCGUACCAAGUUCCUCAACGGCACCAGUCCUAUUAACAUCACAACCCCUGUUGGCACUAACGAGCAUAGUACAGGUUGUACUUCCAUCGGUUCCUACCAAGAACACACUAGCAAAGGCACUAAUGGUUCCAUCUCCAAUGACACCUCAGCUAGGAGCGAUUUAA